CAACGGUUCCAGAGCCUCAACUGACUUUACACCUGAGGUGGUCUCCAGCCACAACCUCUUGAUGCUGCCCAGUGUCCUCCGCUGUGUUCGGCCUGUCUCCACCAGUCUUGCCUUAAGCCGGCCUCUGGCCCACUUCAGACCACACAUGGACCCAGACCCUAGCCGGCCUGUUGAGAGGGCUAUCAGAACCAAACUAACCAAUAGACUCGAGCCUGAACACCUAGAGGUCCACAAUGAGAGCCACAUGCAUGCUGUGCCCCCUGGUUCUGAAUCCCAUUUUCGUGUCCUGGUUGUUAGCUCCCAGUUUGAGGGUCUGCCGCUGAUACAGCGCCACCGUCUGGUUAAUGAGGCUUUGAAGGAGGAGUUGAGUACCUGCGUUCAUGCACUGGCUAUACAGGCGAAAACUCCUGAGCAGUGGGGGAGUAACCCCGCCUUGGCUAAGAGUCCACCCUGCAUGGGAGGAUCGAAGGGAGAUCACACAAUGGAGGAGAAAUUGAAGGCUGGACGAGACUGAAGUGUUGGACUGAGAAGCAGUGCUGCACUGAAGUGUGAAGAAUGCAGGUGAUUGCUGUAAGAGAGGUAUAACACUCACUGUAAACAUUAAGUUUAUGAUGUAAAUUUUGCCACGACAACUAGCACAGACAAUAAAAUUCCAUAGGACAAUAUGGUUCCAUCACAGUGCUCUUUCUCAUAGUCUCAGUGGUAUUUGAUUAAUGGAGCUAAGUUCAAAUAUUACUGGCAGGGAGGUGCCUAUUGCCUAAACAGCAUUGGCAUUUAGAUUCUGAUCUUUGUAUGUUUAAUGUGUGUGUCAGUAAAAACCUCUUUGUCUAUUGCGUCGUAUCACGGGCCAAAAGUAGAUAGUAGAAGGUCACGUUUCCUCAUUUCUGCAAGUGAAUGAAGGUAAGCAAAAUUCUUAGAAAAUUGUAAAUACAUUUCUGCAAUUCACGAUUGAACGUUUGAAUAAAAAUACUUAACCAGGCAGGAUACUGAAACUCUGUGAGUGGCAAGGGGUAACGCUUAAAUUCUGUUACAGUGUUCUUUACCAUAACCGAAAUGAACCCCGCAAGAUGUAUGAAUCUGUGAUCUGUUUGACUGAAACAAUGAGGCAGUGUCAUUGCAUUCACGUUCAAGUCUUAAUAAUCAGGUCCCCCCACCCUACUCUCUAAGUACUAUUAUUGAGUACUAUUGAUUUCUGAAAUAAUUUGGCAUGCAUAGAAGGAACGUUUACAGUGACCCACAACUCUUACCUAUGUGCAUGUUGUGUAUUUUUUUUAAGAGACUGAAAAACUGUGAAGCCAGUACCACUGACUCAACACAUGAGGGCAGUAUAUUCACAGAUUAAAUGACAAAAUGAGCUGGGUGAACAAGCUGAUGAAUACAAGAUGUCUUCAUUAUUCCCCUUAAAGUUGAACAUCAAUUACCCAGUCAGUGUUCAUUUUCUCCUUAGGGUUGUACAUGUAGUCAUACUGAAACACAAACUAUUGACAAGAUAACACGAGUAACUGUUAGAAACCAGCUAAUAAAUUUUAUUACGUUAAAAAUCUAACUGUUAAUUCAAUACCAAGUGUUGUAGUUCGCUGCACUUACUAUAGUACAAAAAAAAAAGCAGAAAACAGUCCCAGAGGUAACAAAAAUAUUUCUUGCAGUUAACCUAUGAUUCACUGGAUUAUAGCUCAGUUAUAUUUUUGUAUGCUUCUGAUCUCAGCUCUGUAGUGAUUGGUUGAACAAACCAGGGGACAAAAGUACAAAAUGUUCAGUAGUUUGCGCUUGUUCUCAGAAUGACACGCUCUUUACUGUGCGCGUGUAUGUGGGUGGGCGUCUAUUUUUGUCUUGGGGUUGUAUGUGUCACUGUGAAGGUCUUCU